AUGAACUACGACUCUAAGAGUCAGAACUCGGUCAGCUUUUGUCUUUCAAAGGAUUUGAAGCUGCCGAUUAGGUUUCGAAUAAAUGGACUCAACGAUUACACCCAAAGGAUUGCGCAAUUUCUCUCACUUGAGAAGCAGAGUGCCACUUCUCGAAUUAUACAGGCCAAGCUUAAGGACCAGCCUAUCAAUGAGAUAUACGUCUAUGUCUAUGUUGAGUCUUCAGGAAAGCAGCUAACGGUCCCAGUUCUAACAAGUGUGGCUUACUCUGGCGGGAAUUCCAAAAACUCGUCACGUGGAAACUGGAUCCAUCUACCGAUAGACUAUUCACAACUACCACUUGAUGCCGUUCUUGUUUUAUCCCUUUUCAAUUACAAGCUGAAAACGGGUUCAGAAAACAAACUAGGAGAAUGUAGAUUGUACUUGUUCGACCAGGAAAACUGCACGCUUAUGAAAGGCUAUCAGAGGUUGAAAGUGGAUUUUGCAGACGGAAAAACUGAGGUGGAUCAACAGAAACAGAGCCAAAUGCAAAUUUUGGAGGCCAAGCUUAAGCAGAGGGAACAUGGCGAAGCUAGUCCUGUUGAAUGGUUGGAUCAACUAACGUUUCGCAGAAUUGAGCAGAUAAAUGCCAAGGAAGCCGCUAAACUUAAACAGCAGCUAUUGAUAACCAAAAGAACAGGGGAUGUGCAUAUCAACUUGGAGUUGGCACAGUUUGAGAUUCCUAUAGUCUAUUCUGAUGUCAAAUAUGCCACUUUGAACAUCACUACCUCUGAAUCCCACGUCAUGAAUGCAGUGGCUAGAAACAAUGUCAGCAAUAGAGAUCAGUUGUUAUUUAACGAGAUAAAACUAAGCAACCUUGAGGACUUGAAGAAACAGAAAAGACCAACCAUUUUUGAUCCGGACCAAUACAGAUCAGAAAUCAUUGAGGAUCCUAUCGAAAGCAAAUUCAGAAGAUUAGAGAGAACUCAUCAAUCCUCAUCGCUGGAUAAAGACAUAAAGCCUACCCUGAAAUUGAGGGCCGAGCUCACCAAGAUAUUGCACAAGCAAUUCUUUGAAAAACUUAGCCAGAAGGAGAAGAACAUGAUUUGGAAGUACAGGUUCUUCCUGUUGAACAAUCUGAUCCUGAAUAAAAAUAAUACAGAGUUCAACAAUUUCGUGAUUAACUUUAUCAAGUGUAUUGACUGGGAGGAUGAUUUCGAGGUGAACGAGUUUUUGGUCAUCAUAAACAACUUAAACACCGAUCCGUACUCCAAUGUGUUUAUCCAAAAGAUGGAAAUUGUCGACUGUCUUGAACUGCUCAGUGCAAAUUACAAAAAUUACAUUGUUAGAAACAUGGCGCUGGAACGCCUUAGAUUGGCUUCAGAUGACGACUUGGAAAUGUACAUGGUUCAAUUAGUUCAGUGUAUCAAAAAUGAAGCAAACUACUUGAGCCCGAGGACGGAUAUCGACGAUGAUGGUGAAGGAGACAACAAUUCAGAAGAGAAUUCUGAGUUUUUAGACUUCGAAGACUCGACAUACACCACCAACUCCAGUGAAUUUCAAGUAAUAAACACCGAAGAAGAAGACCCAGUGGUUAAACUGCUCAAUAAUCCUAACAUAACGAACCCGGAAAGAAAAAUAAUCGAGAAAUUGCCCAAGUUGCAAUCACCUUUAGCAAAAUUUUUGAUUGAACGCUCAAUAGACAGCGAGAGACUGUCCAAUUUCUUCUAUUGGAAUCUCAAGGUUGAAGUGGAUGAUGAGCGAGAACGAUAUAAAUUUGCACCAGGAAAUAUCAGAGCAGCUAACGCAGCCGAACAAACAGAGUAUGCUCCCGACCAAGCUGCUCGUGGCUCACAGGUUCCAGCAAAUCACGUCAAGCAUAUAUUUCUUCGGACUUUGCUCCAUUUUGUUGCUAACUUGGGAGUGAGCAAAAAUGGCUCAGACAAAAUUUGGACUCUUAGAAACCAGGUGGAACUUAUAGGAAGAUUACAUUCAAUUUCAAAGACAAUUAAAAUCGACUUCAAGAAGGAUCCGACGCAGAAAAAAAUCGAGGCACUCAAGGCUCUUUUAGCUCAAAAGUUCAAGGCCACAAAGCUCAAGUCGUCAAGAAAAUCCAUAUCAGAGUACGAGUCGCUUUUGGAUUUUGCACCUGUUCAGCUCCCAUUAGACCCAAGUGUUCACGUGACAGGAACUAUUCCUGAGGAGUCAAGCGUGUUCAAGAGCAGCCUGAAUCCUUUAAAAAUUGUAUUCAAAACUAUUGAAGGCCCUCCUUACCCUAUCAUGUACAAGAUAGGAGACGAUUUGCGACAAGAUCAGUUUGUGAUUCAAAUCAUGACUCUCGUGGAGCGUAUACUCUUAAAUGAGAAUUUGGACAUGAAGUUGAAACCUUAUAAGAUUAUGGCAUUGGGUUCCGUUGAAGGACUUAUCCAGUUUAUUCCCAACUCUUCCCUAUCGUCCAUUCUUCAAAAACACUUGACCAUUCUCACCUACUUGCAGACCUACAAUCCAGAUCCUGAGGCACCGCUGGGUGUCAAACCCGAAGUGAUGGACAACUACGUUAGAUCAUGUGCUGGCUACUGUGUUCUGACUUACAUACUUGGUGUGGGCGAUCGUCAUUUGGAGAACUUACUGCUGACCACUGAUGGCUACUUUUUCCAUGCUGAUUUUGGGUACAUUUUAGGGCAGGAUCCUAAACCGUUUCCGCCUCUUAUGAAAUUGCCGAUACAGAUUAUAGAAGGAAUGGGAGGACUUAAUAAUGAAAACUACCAGAAGUUCUGCAAUUAUUGUUUUAUCACAUACAUCACAUUGCGCAAAAAUGCAUCUUUGAUUCUAAAUAUUUUCCAGCUCAUGAUAGACUCGUCCAUCCCUGUUUUACGGACCUCAGGUACCAACGGGAUGUCUAACGAAACCGAAAAGUUCGAACUCAUUUGGAAAAUCCAGGAAAAGUUCAUGCUCGAAUUGAACGACGAGGAAGCCGUGCUGCACUUCCAAAACCUCAUCAAUGACAGUGUGAACGCCUUUUUGCCCGUUGUUAUCGAUAGAUUACACAGUCUCGCUCAGUAUUGGCGCGCUUGA